GCGCCCGACUGACGCAGUGUAUUGGGUAGCGCAAUUAGGGAUUGAACUGACAGACGGGAUAGUCUAUGUAUAGGAUUGACUCGUGAAUAUUGUCAGGGUCAGGGAUCUGUGUUUGAGGGCGGGAUCGAAUCAAGUAAGAACCAAAAUAUAGCCAACACGCCAGAGCGCUAGGCGCUAGCUAACCGCAAAGAUGCGCAUGCUUAACGACAAAGACGAGCAAGAUGCAGAGGUCAAUCGAACAGACCAAGACGCCAUCAACGAGUUCUCGAAACACAACUCACGAGCGGAAGAGGUCGCUUCGGAGCUCGAGAUAGCUACAACCGAGAAAGAGACAUUGGACGACCUCUCGAUGGAAUUGGAGCUGGCAGACGAGGAUGAUAUCGUGCCAUACAAGCUGCAAUCAUGCUUUUUACACCUCUCAGUCGCUCGUGUGCUCGAGGCAGUCACCCAGAGCCAGGGCGAGCUACAGAGUUCGAUAGACGCGCUCGAGACCGAGUCGGGCGAGUGCAGGCAAAAGAUGGACGAACUCAAGAAGCAGCUCUACGGCAAGUUCGGAUCUGCCAUCAAUCUCGAGCGAGGGGACUCGUGAGAGCUGCAAGCGUUGCAAUACUGUUGUCG